AUGUUGUCUGCCUCCAGACUGCGCACUGCUAGGCUCGGCCUACGUCGGCCUUCAGCAGUCAUUCCGUCUCAACCCUCUGCUCGAAGCAGCUUCUACGUUCAAGCUUCGCGAAUCCGUUUCGAUCCCUCUAGUCAGCCCAAAUCUACAUAUUUGUCGAACUUCCCUGUACGAAGCUAUGCCACAGGCCGUGGCCCCCACCCCCCAGGCGGCACACAUCGUAUGAAUCUCGGCGGAGAACCAGAGAAAUCCGCCCUGGAGCAGUAUGGUGUCGAUCUCACCGCAAAAGCCAAGUCUGGCAAACUCGACCCAGUCAUUGGGAGAGAUGCAGAAAUCCAUCGAACGAUCCAGGUUCUUUCGCGACGAACGAAGAACAAUCCCGUCCUCAUCGGCGCCGCCGGUACCGGAAAAACCGCUAUUUUGGAAGGUCUAGCACAGAGAAUCGUGCAGGGAGACGUGCCCGAAAGUAUCAAGAACAAAAGAGUCAUUUCCCUUGACCUCGGAGCUCUGAUCGCUGGAGCGAAGUUCCGGGGUGAUUUUGAGGAAAGGCUUAAGUCAGUCUUAAAGGAAGUCGAAGACGCAGAAGGCAGCGUGAUUCUGUUCAUCGACGAGCUGCAUACUUUGCUCGGCCUUGGAAAGGCCGAAGGCAGCAUCGACGCAAGCAACCUAUUGAAGCCGGCUCUGUCCAGAGGUGAGCUUCAAUGCUGCGGCGCAACGACCCUCAAUGAAUACCGCUUGAUCGAGAAAGAUGUUGCACUAGCUCGCCGCUUUCAACCAAUCCAGGUUAGCGAACCGUCAGUCGCUUCUACCAUCUCCAUUCUCCGUGGCAUCAAAAACAAGUAUGAGGUGCACCACGGUGUACGAAUCACAGAUGCUGCAAUCGUUGCCGCCGCCACAUACAGCAAUCGAUAUAUCACGGAUCGUUUCCUCCCAGACAAGGCUAUCGACUUGGUAGACGAAGCCGCCUCUGCAUUGCGACUGCAACAGGAGUCCAAACCCGAUUCUAUCCAGGAAUUGGACCGCGAAAUUACAACAAUACAGAUUGAGCUGGAAUCUCUGCGCAAGGAAACGGAUGUCACAAGCAAAGAGCGUCGAGCGAGCCUAGAGGAAAUGUUGAAGGCAAAACAAGAGGAAGUCAAGAAACUCAUGGAUGUUUGGAACAAGGAGAAAGAAGAGAUUGAAGGAAUCAAACGAACUAAGGAAGAACUAGAAAAAUCGCGUUUCGAGUUAGAAAAAGCACAGCGUGAAGGAAACUUUGGAAGGGCCGGUGAGCUUCGUUACUCCGUCAUCCCUAGCCUCGAAGCCAAGUUACCUCAAGAAGGUGCCGAAAACGAAAAUAAAGAUACUUUAAUCCACGAUUCGGUUACGGCGGACGAUAUUGCCAACGUAGUCUCACGCACUACCGGAAUCCCUGUGACCAAGUUGAUGUCAGGAGAAGUUGAGAAAUUGAUCCAUAUGGAGGACACCUUGCGGCAGUCAGUACGGGGCCAAGAUGAGGCCCUCUCGGCUGUUGCAAACGCCGUUCGGAUGCAAAGAGCAGGUUUAAGUGGCGAGAACAAGCCCUUGGCAUCUUUUAUGUUCCUUGGCCCCACUGGUGUCGGCAAGACGGAGCUUUGCAAGAAGAUGGCAGGAUUCCUCUUCUCCACGGAGAGUGCCGUCCUCAGAUUCGACAUGAGUGAGUUCCAGGAGAAACAUACAAUCAGCCGUCUGAUCGGAUCCCCUGCCGGUUAUGUUGGCUAUGAUGAUGCUGGUCAGCUCACUGAGGCUGUAAGGAGAAAGCCUUACGCCAUCUUAUUGUUCGAUGAAUUCGAAAAAGCUCACCGUGACAUCUCAACGCUUCUGCUGCAAGUCCUUGACGAGGGCUUCUUGACAGACUCUCAGGGCCACAAGGUUGACUUUCGAAACACGAUCAUUGUCUUGACUUCCAACUUGGGGGCCGAUAUUCUCGUUGGACUAGAUCCCUUGUAUAAGCAUAAACUCACGGAUGAGGGGAAUGUCCCUGACGAUAUCAAGAAAGCAGUCAUGGACGUUGUGCAAUCGUCAUAUCCUCCGGAAUUUCUCAAUCGCAUUGACGAAUUCAUCAUCUUCAAGAGACUGUCCAAGGUUGCACUGCGUGAUAUCGUAGACAUCCGACUCAAGGAGUUACAAGGGAGAUUAGAUGAUCGACGAAUGACACUCCAGGUUGACGACGAGACCAAACAAUGGCUUUGUGAAAAGGGCUAUGACCCACGUUACGGAGCACGUCCACUCAAUCGACUCAUUGCAAAGGAAAUUGGCAACAAACUCGCUGAUAAGAUCAUUAGGGGCGAAGUUACUGCUGGGCACGCCGCACAAGUGAAACUUGAUAAGGAGAAGGAUUCGUUGGAAGUUGUCGCUGUCUAA